AACGAACAAAAUGAAUUAUGAAUGAGCUAAUAUGUUUGUGUGUUCAAGUUAAAUAAUGCCACGCACGCAUUUAUGUAUGUCUCCUAGCUUCCCUGAACACAUUUGCUUGUACUGUCGCGUGCCAAUUGCAGCAAAAUACAAAUUAAAACGCCAUUAGAUAUGCUGCUAAUCGCAACUACAACGACAACAUCAGCAAUUUCCAAAAUGUUGCCUGCGGUGUGAAAAAGGAAGAAGAAAAGAAACUGUAGAGCUUUCAAAAAACACAAGCUAUAGCAACUGGCGAUAAACGACAUUGUCAUUGGCACUAUCAGCAGCGAGAGGUGUAGAGAAGACAAUCCACACACAUACAUACAUACACACACACACAUACCCUAAUACCUACAUACAUACCAAGAAACACACGCAGGAGCAAUGUUGUGCCCCACACGAGCUGAGGCGUCGCUGACAAGCCGUCAGCCACUCAACUGCCUCUUGUUGCUCAUCCUGCGCCUCCUUCUGCUCACGCUGCUUAUAACACUCAAUGGCAACGCAGCGACGGCGGCUACACGUGCUCGUGUCAGCAGCUCGACGACCAUGACACGCAACAUCGAGGAGGAGAACGGUCCGCCCGUACUCUCCGAGUCCAUUAUGGGCACAAUGGGACGAUUGCCCUGCAAUGUAACACCGCCCAUUUACGAGGAUCGUGUCGCUUUGGUUAUUUGGUACAAAGUGGGCCUGAAAACGCCCAUUUAUAGUGUCGAUACACGCGACUCGAACUUUGCGCAGGGCACGCACUGGUCCGAUGAAACUUAUCGCGAGCGAUUGUCCUUCAACGUGGAAGGACGUGCAGGCACGCUGACCAUCAAGGCGACAACGGAGGAGGACACGGGAGAAUAUCGUUGUCGUGUGGAUUUUCAGAAGAGUCCGACACGCAACUCCAAAGUGAAUUUAACAGUCAUAACACCGCCCGAGUCAAUUAUUAUAUUGGAUAGCAAAGGUGCCACCAUUAAGGAUGAGAAACUUGGUCCCUACAACGAAGGCUCCAUUUUAAACAUCACAUGCGUGGCCAUUGGUGGUCGACCACAACCGAGGGUUACCUGGUGGCAUGAAAACACGCAGCUAGACAACUCUGCACAUCCAUUGUCGGAACGCCGGGUGGGCAAUGUUUUGUCUCUGGGAAAGCUGAAACGCAAAAAUCUGGACAUGCAGCUAACGUGUCAGGCGUCUAACAAUAAUUUGACAAAGCCAAUUAUUAGCAGUGUCCGACUUGACAUGAACUUGCGUCCGCUCAUUGUGAAGCUGCAGGGCGAGAAUCGACCACUCUCGGCCGAGAACUCUUAUCAGCUGAGCUGCGUUGUCAUCGGCUCGAGACCGGCGCCCACAGUUACCUGGUGGAAGGGCAGCACACCCAUGAAGAAUACACAUGAAAUUGCCAAUCCGGACGGCAAUAUGACCACCUCCAUAUUAACAUUUACGCCCACCAUUGAUGAUCGCGGCAAGUUCUUGUCGUGUCGCGCCGAACAGAGCAUGAUACCGGAAUCGGGCAUGGAGGACGGCUGGAAAUUGGAUAUCUAUCACAUUCCCGUGGUGAGUUUGGAGUUGGGUACGAAUUCACUUAAUUCCACAUUGCGUGAAGGCAUCGAUGUAUUCUUCGAGUGCAAUAUUAAGUCAAAUCCAUGGAUCUACAAAGUUAGUUGGCGCCAUAAUGGCAAUAUAUUGGAGAAUAACCCAGCCGAAGGGAUUGUCGUGGCCAAUCAGAGUCUCGUCCUGCAAAAUGCGAGCCGAGCCCGCAGUGGAAUUUACACGUGUGUGGGCAGCAAUCGCGAGGGUGAUGGCGAAAGCAAUCCUGUGCAGUUAGAUAUUCGAUUUGCACCCGUGUGCCGUCCCUUGCAACGCACUUUGUAUAGCACAGGACGUAAUGAAAUGGUUAAGGUGGCAUGCGAAAUCGAUGCAAAUCCCACUGAGGCAACAUAUGUCUGGAAAUUCAAUGCGACGCAGGGCGAGACAAUUGAUAUACCUGCCUCGUUGGUGGCCGUGGAUCGUGGACGGAGCAUAUUGCACUAUACGCCCGCCACGGAAAAUGACUAUGGCACACUCAUGUGCUGGGCUACCAACGAAAUUGGCGAUCAAAGUGAGCCCUGCGUGUACACAAUAGCCCCGGCAGGCGAGCCUGAUCCAUUGCUGAAUUGUACAUUGUUAAACCAAACGUCGACUGGGUUUCAAAUCGAAUGCAUAGAAGGCUUCGAUGGGGGUCUGCAACAGGAUUUUAUAAUGGAAGUCUAUGUGAAUGGAACGACUCGCCAUCCAAAAAUUUACAAAUCCAAAACACCCUACUUUGAGGUGCGUGGUCUGGUGCCCGGCAUGGGCUAUAACGUCUUCCUCAUUGCCCACAACAACAAGGGACGUAGCAAUGCGACCAUUUUACAGGUCUACACGCUGAAGGAUCCGGAAAAACAAACGGUUAAGAUAACCUUUACCAAGUCUUAUAAUAGACCUCUAACAACAACCUCAACAAUUGCACCAAGCACCGCUCCAGAUUGCGUGUGUGAUGAAGAUUCGGAUGUGGGCAGAGGGGGAAGUGCUGAGGACGAAAGUAAGCUUGAUGAUGACCACUCGCUGGCCUAUGCACCCGUCAUCGAGGACAUCCGGCCAUUUCUUGGCAUACUCGCCGGCAUUGUGGGCAGCAUACUCCUCGUUGCUCUUAUCAUUGUCAUUGUGGUGCGAGUGCGCGGCUCGUCGGGACGCGAUCGCAAUAAUUACUCACAUCCGGGCAGCGGCGGCAAUAGCGUUGGCGGCACCAGUAACGGCAACGGCAAUGUGGUCCUGAGCAGCGGCAAUGGCGGCCUCCUGAUGGGCAGCAAUAACAACGGUAGUCUCGGCAUCGGCACACUCGCGCACAAUGGGGGGCAAUCAGUGCAGGACAUGCAUCGUAUUGGACGCGAAACGUGUCAUGUGACGAGCAGCUUGGACAGCAUAGAUAAGAAUCCAGACAUAAUACCGCAGGAUGGUCACGACAUCGACGACGAGUGGACAACAAAGGGCCAUGGUCGAGCUUAUGCUACAGCGGCACUGGCCGAACAGAAUGCCGUGAUUACCUCAUCCACAUAUGAUCACAUAUUGCCCACGUAUGCGGUCGUGGAUAAAAAAUCGGCACUGCCACCACACGGUCAAUAUAUACAGUAUAAUACGCUUAUACCCGUUAGCAAAAUGGGCGCUUAUGCCAAUCAACAGCAGCACCAGCAGCACCAGCAGCAACAACAACAACAACAACAACAACAGCAGCAACAGAAGACUGAACUCAGCUAUAGCGAGCUGGCCCCAACACUUGGCGGUGGAGGCGUUGGUAUCCCUGGAGGCGUGCAACGUAUGGCGCCCUAUUGCAGCGCCACCCUGGGUCGUCCACGUCAAACGGAACUAAAGCGUGCCGAACCGAAUAUCUAUUCGCAGGUAAAUGUUAUGAUGGAUGAUGAAAUUUUGGCCGAUUUGCAGGCGGCCACAGCAUCAGGCAGCAGCUACGUUAGUGGUGCUGUGGUUGAUAAUGUCGGCGGUACUGGGGCAAGUCUUUAUGUGCCCGGCUAUGCAACCCACAUCGAUCUAGCACAUCAUCCCAUGUACUCAACGAGCCCCAUGUUCGGCACUAACUCUACCAUCACUGGUGUCACCAUGUCACAUCCAUCACAAUUGGCGACAUUCUCACCCACGCCUCCGCCCAUUUUUGCUCACAGCGUGGUCACGACCAGCGACGGGCUGUUGCAACCGGUGACGGCCAGCAAUGGGCCGGCUGGUGUGAUGUGCAUGGGUCUGGUGCCCACAUCUUCGGCAGCGGCAGGUCCCAGUGCUGUGGUGCAGCAGCCAACGCCCACGGGCGCUGGCGGAAACGGAAGCAUCGUUGGCGUUAAUGUCGGCGUCGGUAUGAGCCUUUAUGGCGGCAGCGAAGUGAACAAGCCACAAGUGCUGAAAACUGUGCCCGAGGAGCUUCAUCACCAGCUGAAUGGGGAGGAGGUGCUCAUUGCCCAGGACCGCAAUCAUGCAACACGCUUUUGACGUUAAAUUCUAGGCCAAGAGCAGCUGAUCUAAGCACCAAAUCAAAAGAAGUCGAUGACAUCGUUUGGAAAGUGAAAAUGCAAAACUUAGUAAAAAUUGACUAUAAGUUAUGUGAUUCAAGUAGCAACAGAGAGAGCGAGUGAAAAUUUUGGAGGAGAAGGAUGGUGUAGCAAAGAAUUUAAAUGUAGACUGUAACUCAAGCAUUUAACAGUAAUUGGAUUUGGGCAACGUGUAGCACUUUUUAAAGAAGCAAAGGGGAAAAGCUGUAUUAUAUUUACCAAAAAGAUUGAAAAAAUUAAAGACAAAAUAAAAAAUGUAAGCUGUAUAAAAAGUAAA